AUGACGCUUGCCGAGACGGGGCCGGAGACGUUGACCCUGUUUCUGGUGAACCUCGCCGGAAUAAUGGACAACGCCGACGAGCAGCUGCUGCCGGCGGUUUACAAGGAGGUCGGGGAGUCUUUGCACGCCGACCCCACCCAGCUGGGUUCUCUCACCUUCUUCAAAUCGUUCGUGCAGGCGCUGUGCUUCCCGGUCGCCGCCUACCUCGCCGCCCGCCACAACCGGACGCACGUCAUCGCCCUCGGCGCCUUCCUCUGGGCCGCCGCCACCUUCCUCGUUGCCAUCUCCUCCACAUUUACUGAGGUGGCGGUGUCACGUGGGCUGAACGGAAUCGGAUUAGCCCUCGUGAUCCCUUCCAUCCAAUCCCUGAUAGCCGACUCGACAAUCGAGUCGAACCGUGGGACAGCCUUUGGGUGGCUCCACCUGACAUCCAGUUUCGGCUCCGUCUUUGGCAGUCUCGUGGCCGUUCUCCUUGCCCCCACCACCAUACUCGGCCUCGAAGGCUGGCGCGUUGCCUUCCAUCUGGUCGCCGCCCUCAGCAUCCUCGUUGGCAUCCUCGUCCACCUCUUCGCUCGGGACCCACGUUACGAUUCCAGCAGAAUCAAGGACAACGGUCAAGAACCCACGAAAUCUUUUCUUGGUGAGGAGGCAAGGAGUCUGCUUAAGGAGGCUAGGGAUGUGAUAAAGGUGCCGUCUUUCAGGAUUCUGGUGGGGCAAGGGGUGUCCGGGAGCUUCCCAUGGUCGGCCCUCUCGUUCGGGAGAAUGUGGCUCGAGCUCAUGGGCUUCUCACAUGGGACCACCGCCACUAUCUGGUCGCUGUUUAUCGUGGCAACCUCGCUGGGGGGGCUGUUUGGGGGGAAGAUGGGGGAUUUCAUGGCCCGAAGGCUGCCGGACUCCGGGAGGAUUAUUAUGGCGCAGGUGAGCACGGGGCUGGCUGUGCCGUUGGCCGCGCUCCUCAUACUUGGCCUGCCGGACGACUCCUCCACCGCCAUCCUGCACGGCGUGGUGUUUGUUGUCAUGGGGCUGGUCAUCUCCUGGUGUGUUCCGGCAACUAACAACCCUAUAUUUGCGGAGAUAGUCCCUGAGAGAGCCCGAACGAGCAUCUACGCCUUGGAUAGGUCGUUCGAGACCAUCCUGUCCUCGUUCGCACCCCCAGUCGUGGGACUACUGUCACAGAACGUGUUUGGCUACAAAUCAGUCGACUCGGGAAAUGUGGAGACAGACAAGGAGAACGCGCGGGCCCUUGGCAAGGCGCUCUACGUGUCUAUAGGCAUCCCCUUCACCAUCUGCUGCCUCAUCUACUCGUUCCUCCACUGCACCUAUCCUGGAGACAGGGACCGGGCCAGGAUGGCAUCUUUUAUCGAGUCCCAAACUCGAGAUAUAGAGUCGGACGAUAGCUACAUUUUGAUCAGGGAUGAACCUAAUGUGCCGAGCGAGGAGAGUCCUGAUUGUCGGGAAAAUGAUGAGCAGACAUGA